AUGCUACUUAGUCGUUGCAUUGAUCUGGAUAUGGAGCGGGUGGUUGUUUUGGACUGUAACAUCGUGAUGAAAGCAUGCGUCCUUGAUUCGCAUGCAUUUUUUUGGCAGAGAAGAGGUAACCGUCAACGCUUGAAAGGUGCGAUAUUGGUGGAAUUUUGCACCUUUUUUUGGCAGUUGCCUGCAGAGCUUCACAUCGAAGCAAAGCAUGGUUUUCCUGUUACCCAUCUGAUUUUUUCAUCACCCUCAUCACAUACAUGGGUGAAUUGA